UGUCGGUUUACUGUUAGAUUGUUGACAUAAUUACAUAGUCUAGUAAUUUGAAUGCAUUCGAAAAAUUAUCAUAAUGGCAAUGUGUAAAAGGUGAUAAUGCCGGUUUCGAAUCUAAAAUAAAAGUUUUUUGUGUGUGGCUUUGCAAUAUUCAAUGAAAAAAAAGCAUUUAAUCCACAACAACGUUCUGUGAUAUUUUUUUUAACAAGGUGUGAUGGUUGGUUUUAGUGAAUUUAACAAGACAAUUUGGAAAAACACUUUUUUUCUCUUCUACCAUACAUAUAUCGCCGUCACGUUAUUUUUUUGUUGUUGAUAAUUUGAAUGAUAAUGGCCGGUUAAUGAUUCCAUGGAUGGAAUGGUGAAUAGAUUGCGACAAUUUAGCUUGUUGAAUAAAUCGUUUUCAGGUUAGUUGUGCUUAAACUCUAUAGAAAUUCAUAUUUAGAUCGGAUAAUGAUAAUGGAGUUUGGUUUUUUGUUGUCUGAAGUUGACACGCUGUGAGUUUUAUUGUUAAAUAAUGUUCUGUCGCUAAAAUUGAAAAAACAAAAUCGUAACGGAAGAUUCUUUCUCCUCAUUUAUUUAUUUCGUAUUGUCAAAUAAUUGAGUACGAAGCUAUACAAUGACUGAAUCGUUGAAACUAUCAGAGAUUCACAGAACAAAUAUUGAAUAUGAACGACAACGUCAUCUGGCCAAUUGGUUAAUUAAGAGUAGCCCGCACAUGGCAAAACCGUCAACGCCACCAUCCAAGUCCCAGCAGCAAAAGCUUAACACAAAAAAUGUAUCGCGAACACCACUGUUCAAUUCGCAAACAAACUUACCGCUACAAAUAGUCACAUCACAGGAAGGCCAUAAACCCAAAUUGCGUAGAUUUAAUUCACACGACACGAGUGCCAAUAUGUUCUCGGUGGCCGAUUUCGAAAAUGCCCGCCUGGCACGGCGCAACGAAAUGGAACUGAAGCAACGGCAGCAACAGAAUCGCUACAAAAUGAAUUCGUUGAGUUCGGGCGGAGACUGUUCGACGGGUGAUAGUAAGGGUUCCAAAUUCAGCAGCGAGUCACACACGGAACUCUUACCGGCUGAUAUGUUUCUCGAACGGUGUCCACUUCCACGUGUAGUCCGGAUUUCAUCACAAUUCGGCGACGAGACCAUUCAGUCGUCCAGUUCGAAUGGAUCGGGAUCGUCGGCUAGCGCAAAGAAAGACACAAAGGCAAAGCAGAACGGUGAACUGUGUUUGCUGUUCAGACAUCUAAAAAAUCGGAAAAUCUAUCAUGGCGUAAGCACGAAAAAUGGAUCGGCACGCAAGAAAGGAGUCAUGAUACCACAAGAAUUUCCAGGAUAUUUUUCAACGUUGAACGAUAAAAAUGGCACCGCCGCCACCAUGUACACGACUCUUGUGCAACUUGUACGAGAAAGAGUUUACAAAUUUUUAUCGGUUGAUAGUCUGCAAGUGUAUACGGAAACGCAAAAUACUGAUAACUUUCCACCCAGACCGCAUUAUGUGAAGGGAACCGCUCGAGGCGGUCACAUAUUUCGACUGCUGGCUGUUUUCGAAGACGGUAAACAGGAUUCCAGUGCAUUGUCUUCGUCGGCAACCAAAAUGAACGGCAAUUCGUUUCGCGAGAAAGAGAAGGGUCGUUACGCACAAUUACUGGACGAGAAUCGUCACAUUGUCUACGUCUCACUAACAACCAAAGGAAAAUUCUACGAAAUCGAACAAACGACACCUCACAUCCUGCAAAAGAAUCACUCGGAUGGAGCUGCGGUACAGGCAGUCGGUUCUGCACAGAAACAAUUCAAUAACGACUGUGUGCAUCGCAUCAAUACCAUUAUUACACCGGAAACAGAACUACCGAUUACCAUUCGAUAUGUGUCUGGUGCGCAGGUCAACGGCAGCAACGGAAUACCCGAAUUGCUGGUCAUCAAUCGGGUGACAACGGAAAAUGUAGUCAUAGCUUGUUCCAUAGAGGAGUCCGAAUCUCGUCAACCGUUGCACUUGCACAAAAUACCGGUCACACAGGACAUGCGAUUUAUCAAAUGCUUUUUGGGCUUUGAAAAUGAGCAGAAAAUGUUUUCGAAUUUGAGCAUCCAAAACGUUCUCAAAUUUUGUCAGAUCAACUUUGACAAUUUCACCAAAUUGGUCGAAUUCGAACAACUAGCUACCAAUGUGAAAAGUCUCACGUUAAACGGUUCCGGCAAACCAAAGACCGAAGGUUUGAAAAUAUUGAAACCUUUGCACUUUCCGCGAUUGUUGCGGCGCGAGAAAAGUAUGAUCGCGCACGAGAAGGAAGAUUCCAUCAUUUUUUUGAGUAAAAACGAUUUGGAAAAUAUGGAAAAUAAGGAAGCCCAGAAACGGGAAAGUGUCGGCAGCAGCAGCAAUUCCAAAAUGAAAGUUUUUCAAUCGACCAAAAAGAAAUGGUUUCGCAAUUCGAAAUCGACGGACAAAAGUGAAUCGUUCGGCAGCGCUGAAAUGGACAUUCAGAGCAAGCGGAUGAGUUUGGAUCGAUAUCAAGACAUGAGUAAAUUGCUAAUCGAGCGUUUCGGCGGAAACGCUGGAUUAGAUGCGAAAGAUGUGUCGACACGACCAAAUUCAGAGAUCGGUGUCGAUCACCGGCGUGAAAUCGACAGCUCGGAACUGCGCCAGAAGAGCAUGUCACUACAAGACAUGGACACGAGAUCGGAACAAUCGGAAAUGUCCGCCAACAAACCCGACCUGGUGAACAUUGAAUUCGAAUCGGCAUCAACAUCGUACGACCAACGCCACCACAAAUCUCAACAGCCCGGCCCCUCAUCAACCGACGCAAACGAUAAUGAACCGGGAACGAGUCUCAUGAGCCUGUCCAACCACCAGCAAUCGUUUAUCAGUCCAAAGAUGUACACCGAAUUCCACGUGAAAACCAAACAGCACAGCAAAUCAUCGUCCAGCCUCCAUCAGCUGCUACAUUUUGCCGUUCCGCAGAAGAUGAACAUCAACGAAACGAAAAAGCAAUCGGCUGACUCGGCAUCAAAUUCGAAUCGAAUUUCAUUCGUCGAAGACAAUUCGUACGAUGAUCUGCCGUACAGCAAUGUGCGCGACUCAUUGGUUAUGUCCGAACCGGACGAAACUGUCCAACAGAAUGGCAAUCAUCAUCACCAUCACAACGAAAAUAUUUAUUCGGAAAUUUGUUCAGAUUCGAUUGGGCCGGCAAGCGGUGCGACCAGCGGAGCUGCGGGCCGAGAGCAUGGUAGUAGUAUACGGAUAUCUGUGUCGAGCGGACGCGAUCGUGAUACAGGUAGUAGUAGUAAAAUGAGCGGAUGCAGUGGCGUGUCCAGAGACAAUAUUUAUAAUACGUUAAAUUAGAAGUGGAAAAGAGGGCGGACGAAAGGAGGCAGUAGAUUUGAAUGUUAAGGGAAAAAAAUGUUUUUCGUGCGAUUUCGAUGGUGCGUGCCUUUUUCGGUAGUUCGUUGAUGCAAAGGAUGAUACAGGGACAUUAUUCAAGUGAAAAUAAACAUUUUUUUAGAGACAACACGUAAAAGACAGACUUUUUAGAGACAGAAAAAAAAUUGGUUUUGUUUGGUUGAAGAUGAAUAAACAUAGAAUGGAGAAAUCUCUCUUGCUAAAGCAUUAAAUAGAAAAUGACACUUUUAUGGGUUUUUAUAGCCUAACAAUGAAAACAAAGCAAACAUGUACUUCAUAAAUAAUAAUAGUAAAA